AAAGAAACACUGAUUCAAUUUUAGGGUUUAGCUGCUGCUGCUGCUGCUGCUUCUUCUUCUUCUUCUUCUACUUCCGAUUUGCGAUUCAUUCCAUUUCCACAGUUAGCAAAAUAAAAUGGCGUGGCGCUCCGGAUCUCUGGCGAGAUCGAUAUUCUCCGCCGCAAGAACAAUACCAAGUCGUUCAUCUGUUCAACAUUCUUCUGCGUCUUCCAUUCGUUCUCAUCUUCUUCACCCUCGCCGCCCCCUUCUUACUGUUCCUAGGACAUUGGGAAUUCUCGCUUGCACACAGUCGUUGAUGCCGUUGCAUAAUGCCGAUGCCGCCGCUCGUCUCACUUCUCACAUUUCUGUUGAAUUGCGCGCUUGUUGCGAAUUGUCUCAGGGUACUUGAAUAGAUUUUUCAUUUAUUCAGCACGGAUUGUGCUUACAUGUAUGGUUGGAUCUAAAAAUGAUGGCUAAUGCUGUGAAGCAAGAAGCUUGUUGGCUCAGAUCUUUAAUUUAAUUGAUCUCUAUUAUCAAAACUGUUGUCGUCUAGGUAAAAUUGAGAAGUAAUUUUUUGUAUUUUAUGGUUUUAGUCAAAAUUAAAUAAGUAUAUCAUUAUCAA